GCGGGACCCGCGGGAGCCAGGGCGGGGGCCGGCGCGCCGGAGCUCUGGCCCUGCGCCCAACGGACACUCGGACCUUGCCCAGGCCGGAAAGCACGGGGAAGGCUCCUCCCAGAGCUUGGACACCCUGCUGCGGACCAGGGAGAUACUCACAAGGACAAGACCAGGGAGCGCUGCUGCCUACAAGACCUCCACCUUCCUGCUGCCAGUUUCCAGAAGUUUCCAACCCUUUGGGGAGAAAGUGGUUUUGUCAUCUCAACCCUCUGCCUUCAUCAGUCAUCAGUCUUUCUUUUUCUAAUUCCUUGGGCCAACUGUGAUCACGCCCCACACCCUACUCCCAGCCCUUUGACAAGGUUUGGGUGUCUGGAAACUGCCCUGCGGGGCUCGCGGCUGAGCGGUGAGAGGAGGCCGUGGGAAGGCCGUGAUCGCAGGAGUGGACCGUCUCCAGCCCCGGCAGCGGGCCUGCGUGCGAGGCCACUAUGUCCGCCAAGGCGCCCAUCUACCUGAAGCGCAGCAGCCGCAAGGGCAAGAAGGAGAAGCUGCGGGACCUGCUGUCCUCAGACAUGAUCAGCCCACCGCUGGGGGACUUCCGCCACACCAUUCACAUCGGCAGUGGUGGCGGCACUGACAUGUUUGGUGACAUCUCCUUCCUGCAGGGCAAGUUCCACCUCCUUCCGGGGACAGCGGUCGAGGGACCGGAGGAGGAUGGCACCUUUGACCUCCCCUUCCAGUUCACCCGCACCGCCACGCUGUGCGGGCGGGAGCUCCCCGAAGGGCCCUCCCCUCUGCUGAAGAAUGCCAUCUCCCUCCCAGUCAUCGGUGGGCCCCAGGCCCUCACCCUGCCCACCACCACCCAGGCCCCACCCAAACCGCCUCGCCUGCACCUGGAGACCCCUCAGCCCUCCCCACAGCCUUCCCCGCAGGAGGCAGGGAGUGUGGACAUCUGGAGAAUCCCAGAGGCUGGCUCAGCCCGAAAUGGGCUGACCCCUGAGUCCGGGACUGAGGAGCCCUUCCUGUCCCACGCCAGCUCCCUGCUCUCCCUUCACGUGGACCUGGGGCCUUCCAUCCUGGACGACGUGCUCCAGAUCAUGGACCAGGACCUGGGCCGCAUGCGGAUCCCCACAUAGGACCCGAGGCCAGCCGGGCCGGAAGCCCAGGCUGAGGGGAAUGCCGGGAAGCAGCGGGUGGACGUGGGCCUGGCCUAGCAGUCAGGACCCCAAGUCCUGCCUGUGUGGUCACUGGCCAGCGAUUUCAGACUUUGAGCCUUUGCAUUCCUCCCUCCCACCCUCUCCCCGUGGGCAGAGCGCACCUCACGGCUUUCCCUUAAAACCUGUGAAGACACGUGCAGAACUCAGCCCAAAGGGCCCUGAGCAUGUUCGACCCCCCAGGCCCCCACCGCCAACAGCUCCUCCUUCCCUCAGACCCCGGGGAUGAAGGCUCUGCUGCAGUGGGCUUCCCUUUCACCUCUUCUGCCUCAGCCGCCACGGAUGCCCCGACCGGGGCGUGGGGAAGAGGCAGGGCAUCGCCAGCCAGACCUUUGGCAGCAUGGCGUCAGUGACCCAAUGUCCUAUCCUCUGCCCUAUCCUCUGCCACAUGACCAGGGCUUCUGGUCGCAAUAAAACUUGCUGCCGCUCA